AUGAAGAUUGCUGCAAUCACUUGUUUUACUUAUCUUCUACUACUUUUGUUAACAUUUUCAUCAGCUCAAGAUCCUACACAAAACUUCCUUCAGUGCCUUAACCGCCACUCUCAUGACAUCUCCGAAUUCGUGUACACCAGAAAGAACACUACUUACUCGGAAACCUUGCUAUACUCCAUCAACAAUUUGCGUUUUGCAAAGCCCGACACGCCUAAACCUCUAGUCAUUAUUAGGGCAGUGAGUGAAUCGCAGAUCCAGUCUGUGAUUUAUUGCUCCAAGAAGCAUCAUCUGGACAUGAGGAUUCGGAGUGGUGGUCAUAGUUUCGAGGGUCUUUCCUAUGUUUCCCCACUCCCUUUCGUCAUACUUGAUCUUGUCAAUUUUAAAUCAUUUAGUGCUGAUACUAAAACCAACACUGCAUGGAUUGGUUCUGGUUUAACCAAUGGGGAGCUUUAUUACAAGAUUGGAGAGACAAGUGAUAGACUUGGGUUUCCAUCUGGUUUAUUUGCAAAUGUGGGUGUUGGAGGGAUUCUAAGUGGAGGGGGUUAUGGAAUGAUGAUGCGAAAAUACGGUCUUGCUGCUGAUCACGUCAUCGAUGCUCGCCUAAUCGAUUCAAAUGGGAGAAUUCUGGAUAGAAAAGCCAUGGGAGAGGAUUGGUUCUGGGCUAUAAGAGGAGGUGGUGGUGGAAGCUUUGGAGUUGUUAUAUCCUGGAAAGUAAGAUUACUUCCUGUUCCUAAGACGGUGACUGUUUACAAAGUCUACAGAACUGUAGAGCAAAAUCUGACAAGCAUUUUUCAUAAAUACCAAUCUGUUGCACCAAAGUUACCGAAAGAGCUGGUAAUCAAGGCUGAUGGACAAAGUAUAGUGAGCAACAUCAGUCAACGAGCUGAUAACAGAACUAUGAUCUUCUUAUUCGAAGCCUUGUACCUAGGAAGCGCUGAUAAGAUGCUCUCUGUGAUGCAAGGCCAGUUCCCUGAGCUUGGUGUGGUAAGAGAAGAUUGUUUUGAAGUAAGCUGGUUGCAGGCCAUGGUGUACUUCUCAGGUUUCGAAUUGUUUACGCCUCCAGAAAUAUUGCUAAACAUAACAGUCCUCCCUCGACCUGCAUUCAAAUCAAACAAUGACUACACUCAAGUGCCUAUUCCCGUAGAAGGGUUAGAAGGUUUGUGGGAUCUGAUGUACAAACUUCCUCCACUAAAAGCAACUUUACAGUUUACACCUUAUGGAGGGAGGAUGGAUGAAAUUUCAGAAUCUGCACUUCCAUUUCCGUAUAGAGCUGGAACCUUGCUGAAGUUUAACAGGUAUGCAGAAACUGAUACAGACGAAGCUGAACGCAUGGAGUGGGUCAAAACUUUAGCAAGAUAUUUGACUCCUUAUGUUACCAAGAAUCCCAGAAGUGCAUAUGUUAAUUAUGUCGACCUGUCCAUGGGGACUAACAAUCUCAAAGGCACCACAAGCUACCAACAGGCAAGUAGAUGGGGAAAGCGCUACUUCAAGAAUAACUUUGACAGGUUGGUUAACAUCAAAUCGGCUGUGGAUCCUGAUAACUUCUUCAGACAUGAGCAAAGCAUUCCUCCGAUUCGUAUUUGA